AUGGCGAACCGGACCCACGAUGCGGCAGCCUGGCAUGAGAAGGUUCUCUUCUCCAGCGUUGAGUCCUGCUCAGAGGCCAUCUUUGUCUACGAUGUCGGAACGGGCGGGCUUCCGUCGUUCCGCGAGCAAGCUCUCAACGACUCGCCGGGUGCUGCGCUCCCCGUCGAUCCCAGAGGCCCUCGUGCGGCGUCGGCUGUUUCUUCAUACUUUGGUGACGCGGACUAUACGAUCCCUCUCGGACAGGUGUCUUACUUUAGCAAUGUUACCUUCCGGGAGGAGGUGAUGCCAGUGACGGCCAAUCUUGUGGCGAAAAGGGGCUCCGACUUUGUAUUGUUCAACAUGAUUAAUGAGUUGGCGGACCGGGGCAUCUUGGGAACUGUGUUGACAGGACGAACAGCUUUUCCUAGUUAA